ACAGUAACUGUGCUGCAGGCUCAGGAAUACCAUGCUGCCCCGCUGUGCAUUCAGUGUGUGCCAUGUGUUUAUGUUGGUGCUGUGUCUGUCUGCGGCUGAGGACUUCGACUGGACAAAGAACGACCACGGCUCCUUCUAUUAUGGCACUUUUCCAGCUGGAUUUUCGUGGGGUGCCGGCAGUUCAGCCUAUCAAACAGAAGGAGCCUGGGACAAAGAUGGAAAAGGACUGAGCAUCUGGGAUGUGUUUACCCACAAGAAAGGCAGGAUCCAACAAAAUGAAACAGGGGAUUCUUCUUGUGAGGGCUAUUACAAAAUCAAGGAUGAUGUUUCUUUGAUAAACGAGCUGAAGCUUAAUCACUACCGUUUCUCCAUCUCAUGGCCAAGACUCAUCCCCACUGGCAUAAAGUCUGACCACAUUAAUGAGAGAGGAAUACAGUAUUAUAAUGAUCUGAUUGACCAUCUACUGGAGAACAAGAUAACUCCCAUCGUCACAUUGUAUCACUGGGAUCUUCCACAGGUCUUGCAAGAGAAAUAUGGUGGGUGGCAAAAUAUAAGCAUGGUUAACCAUUUCAAUGAAUUUGCUAAUCUGUGCUUCGAAAAAUUUGGGAACCGAAUAAAGUACUGGAUUACCUUCAACAAUCCAUGGUCUGCAGCAGUUGAAGGCUAUGAAACAGGUGAGCAUGCACCUGGACUGAAACUGAGAGGAACUGGGGCAUACAGAGCUGCUCAUCAUAUGAUCAAGGCACAUGCAAAAGUUUGGCACACAUAUGACACACAGUGGAGAGCAAAACAAAAAGGUAUGGUCGGCAUCUCUCUGUCCGGAGAUUGGGGAGAGCCAGUAGAUAUCAGCAACCAGAAAGAUAUUGAAGCAGCUGAGAGAUAUGUUCAGUUCUAUCUGGGUUGGUUUGCCACACCUAUCUUUCAUGGAGACUACCCCCAAGUAAUGAAAGAUUUCAUAGGAAGGAAGAGUAUCCAGCAGGGUCUCAGCACUUCCCGACUGCCCACAUUCUCCCCCCAAGAAAAGAGCUACAUAAAGGGUACCUGUGAUUUCUUGGGAAUUGGUCACUUUACUACACGCUACAUCACCCAAAAGAACAGCCCAUCAACCCGAGGUACCAGUAGCUACUUCCUUGACCGUGACCUGGCUGAGCUGGUUGACCCACGUUGGCCCGACCCGGGGUCUGAGUGGCUCUACGCUGUGCCAUGGGGUUUCAGACGUCUGCUUAAUUUUGUAAAGACUCAGUAUGGAAACCCAAUGAUUUAUGUAACUGAGAAUGGAGUAUCAGAGAAGAUGCUGUGCACAGAGCUGUGUGAUGAGUGGAGGAUACAGUACUUGAAAGACUACAUCAAUGAGAUGCUAAAAGCUAUUAAAGAUGGAGUCAAUGUAAAGGGUUAUACUGCAUGGUCCCUGCUAGAUAAAUUUGAGUGGGAUGAAGGAUUCUCUGAAAGGUUCGGUUUGUACUAUGUCGACUUCAGGAAUAAAAACAAGCCACGCUAUCCCAAAGCUUCUGUUCAGUUCUACAAGCGCAUCAUUAGCUCCAAUGGAUUCCCCAAUCAGAGAGAGGUUGAAAACUGGAGGAGGAAAGCCGUUGAGACCUGCUCUUCCAGCAACCAGCUCCUAGCUGCAGAGGAACAGCGGAGUACUGCUGCCAAUAUUCUAAGACUUAUACAUGACCCUUUGACCAGCCACAUGGAGAUGGUAACUGAGAUCGUUGUUCCCACUGUUUGCACACUAUCGAUUCUGCUCAGUGCCAUUUUCCUUAUGUUCCUGUUACGGAGACGGAACUAGAAAGGAUCUUUUUCAGUGUGCAUGUUUACAAUUACAAAUAUCGACAUUCAUACAAACACAAGUGACUCAUUUGGAUCAAGCAUACAUACGUAAUAUUGUAAGUGCAUUAUUUAGUGGAUUGGGUGUGAAACCUAAAUAUGUUAUUUAAAAUGAAUUUCAAGCAAUUUUAUUAAUUUGAUGUGCAUACAGUGCUUGCUGUAAAAACACUGGUUCAUAUACAAAAUAGUAAUUCACGCUCAAACAGUGUGGAUGCGCCUGUAAAAUGAUGGAUUUUCUUAUUAAAAUAUUGCUGUGAAAUAUUACCAGUCCCAACUGUUUUUAUGAUCUACUAUACUUUGUUUCCUUUUUUUUUUUUUUAAAGUGAAAGUUGCUUGG